AUGAGCUCCGACGAGCAGGAGAAUGAUCGCUUCGAUGUGGACAACGACUACGAAGGUGGCGAAUUUAUCGAGGGCGAAUAUUUUUACAGGAAUAAGCGAUUCAAAAAGCAGCAAACCGCAGAGGACAGGAUCUAUGGCGUGUUUGCCGAAUCAGAUGAUGAGGAGGACGGGAGGCGCACCCGGCGUAGGGAGCAAGGGCGUGCCUCCAAAGACUACUCACGCCCAGUGGCUUUUGUUGGCGGAGGCGUGGUCCAGCAUGGGCCCGAGGAAGUUGCUGAGAAGCCUUCAGAAGGAGAAGAUCGACCGCGUGGGGGUCUGGGUCUAGGUACAGAGCCCUCGACCAUGGGCGGACUGGGGCUGGGCGCUGCUCCGCCCUUCGAGGGCGGCGGCCUCGGCUUCGCCAGGGCCGGUCUGGAGGCCGACCCCUCGAUCAGCAACCGGCCGCAUGGGGCACCUGCGGACGACGGUGGCAGCGAGGACGACGAUGGCGCCACCGGGACAUUUGAGUCGCACACCCGCGGCAUCGGGGCCAAGCUGCUGUCCAAGAUGGGCUGGCAGGCUGGCAAGGGCCUGGGCAGGGACGGCAAGGGUAGGGGCAUCGCCAAGCCGCUGGAGGCCCAGAUGCGCCCCAAGGGCAUGGGCAUGGGCUUCGGCAGCCGGCCCGAGCCCAAGCUGGUGCAGCCGGAGCCCAAUGCCCAGGCUCACAGCGCGGGCCCGUCGGCCGCCACCGCAUCGCCACCCCCCGGCGCGGCCACCCCCAGCGCCGAAGCCCGGGCCUGGAAGCGGCGCGACGCGGCGGCGCGCGAGCGACGCGCCUUCCGCACCGCGCAGGAGGUGCUGGACGCGGGCGGCGCGCCUCCUGCCACCCUGCUGUCCCAGCCCGUGAUCGACAUGCGGGGGCGGGGCGGCGCGCGCGUGCUGCGCGACCUGGCGGGCCUGGAGGUGGUGGAGGACCGCGAUGGGGGCGGCGAGUCCGCGACCCUGGGCCCCAUGCCGGAGCUGGCGCACAACCUGCGCCUGCUGGUCGAGCUGGCCGAGUCAGGCAUCCAGCGCCUGGACGCGCGCCUGCGCGGCGAGCAGGACUCCGCGCUCCUGCUGGGCCGGGAAGCGGCGCGGCUGGAGGAGGAGGCGCGCGCGGCGGAGGCGCGCGUCCAGGCGCAGGCCGCGCUGCUGGACGCCUGCGAGCGCGGGGAGCGGGAGACGGAUGCUAUUGCGCUGGCGGGCUUGUACGCCAGCCUGCGCACCGAGCUGCGAGAGGAGUUUGAGGCGCGCGACGUCGCAGCGGUUGCGGCGGCGCAGGCCGCGCCGCUGCUGGCGCGGGACCCGGCCCCGCUGGAGGGCUUCCUGGCGGAGUGGGAGCCGUUGCUGCCCCCUCCCCUGCUGCAGCACGUGCUGACGCACCUGGUGCUGCCCGCGCUGGAGCGCGCGCUGGCGGCCUGGGACCCGCUGCGCGACACGGUGGCCCCGCACACUUGGCUGCACCCCUGGCUGCCUUCCCUGGGCCCGGCGCUGGAGGGGCAGUGGCCCGGCGUGCGGCACCGCCUGGCCUCCGCGCUGGCCGGCUGGCACCCGUCGGACGGCUCGGCGCUGGCGCUGCUGGCGCCUUGGGCGCGCGCCUGGGGCGCCGGCGAGUGGGAGGCCUUCCUGGCGCGCGCGGUGCUGCCGCGCCUGGCCGCCGCGCUGGGCGCCAUGCCCGUCGACCCGGGGGCCCAGGACCUGGCGCCCUGGGACUGGGCCAUGGCCUGGCAUGGCGCCGCGCCGCCGGACGCGCUGGCGCGCGUGCUGGACGUCGCCUUCUGGCCGCGCUGGCACGCGGUGCUGGCGCACUGGCUGGGCGGCGCGCCCGACAUGGACGAGGUCACCGCCUGGUACCUGGGCUGGCGCUCACUGCUGCCGCGCGAGCUGCUGGCGCUGCCGCGCCCCUCCGAGCUGAGCCUGCGCGAGCUGCUGGCCGCACACGCGGAGGAGGUGGGCGUCGCCUUCCUGCCGCGGCCCGGGCGCCGGCACCUGGGCCUGCAGGUGUACCUUUACGGCGCCAUCAGCUGCGCGGUGGACGCGGUGGGCGGCCUCAUCCAUGCGCACAUGGGCGAGCGGGGCUGGGUCCCCAUCUCCAUGCAGGGCCUGGACGAGGAGAACGAGCGGCGCCUGGCCGCGCGCGCCGCGAAGAAGUGA